GACUCCUGCAACGCUUGUCAACGCCACCCGCGUUGCGCCAUUUUGAAAGUGUAAUGUGGGGAGAGGCAGAGACGAGGGAAUUCUUAAAGUAGAGUGCGAAGUCCAAGCACCUGUGCAGAGUACUGCUGCUAACAUUUUGUAGAACCGAGCAGCCGAACAGGGUCAACACCGCUCUCCAAACCAGGGCCCGAACCCGCUUCGGAGAAACCACUUUUUCUCCUUGAUUGCGCUCACAAUGGCAGGGGUCGGUGAUGAGAGCGGUGAUGUGCAGUGGUGCUUCUCACAAGUCAAAGGAGCGAUAGAUGACGACAUCUCCGAAGCGGAUAUCAUAUCAACUGUUGAGUUCAACCACUCUGGGGAGCUGCUAGCAACUGGAGACAAAGGAGGUCGUGUUGUCAUCUUUCAACAGGAGCCAGAGAGUAAGAAUCAGCCGCAAUGCCGUGGAGAAUACAAUGUUUACAGCACAUUUCAAAGCCAUGAGCCUGAGUUUGACUACCUGAAGAGCCUUGAGAUUGAGGAGAAGAUCAACAAGAUUCGAUGGUUGCCCCAGAAUAAUGCUGCUAAUUUCCUUUUAUCCACAAACGAUAAAACCAUCAAGCUGUGGAAAAUUAGCGAACGAGACAAGAGACCUGAAGGUUACAAUUUGAAGGAAGAUGAUGGUCGAUACAGAGAUCCAAACACAGUUACAUCACUACGGGUGCCGGUACUCAUGCCCAUGGACCUGAUGGUAGAGGCCAGCCCCCGUAGAGUGUUUGCCAAUGCUCAUACUUACCACAUCAACUCCAUCUCGGUCAACAGUGACUGUGAAACCUACCUGUCCGCAGAUGACCUUCGCAUCAACUUGUGGCAUUUGGAGAUCAAUGAUCGCAGCUUUAAUAUUGUUGACAUUAAGCCAGCUAACAUGGAAGAAUUGACUGAGGUGAUCACAGCAGCAGAGUUUCAUCCGAACCAGUGCAACACGUUUGUGUACAGUAGCAGUAAAGGAACCAUACGACUGUGCGACAUGAGGGCAUCAGCACUGUGUGACAACUAUGCCAAAUUAUUUGAAGAGCCAGAGGAUCCAAACAAUCGUUCCUUUUUCUCCGAAAUCACUUCAUCCAUCUCCGAUGUGAAGUUCAGCCACAGCGGACGAUACAUGAUGACCCGCGACUACUUGUCUGUCAAAAUCUGGGACCUCAAUAUGGAGACUCGUCCAGUUGAGACUUACCAGGUGCAUGAAUAUCUCAGGAGCAAGCUGUGUUCACUCUAUGAGAACGAUUGCAUCUUUGACAAAUUUGAGUGCUGUUGGAAUGGAAAUGACAGCGUUGUCAUGACGGGAUCCUACAACAACUUCUUCAGGAUGUUUGACCGAGGCUACAGGCAGGAUGUGACUCUGGAGGCGUCCCGGGAGAACUGCAAACCUCAAUCCGUCCUUAAAACUUGCAAAGUAAGCUCGGGUGGGAAGCGCAAAAAGGAUGAGAUUAGUGUAGAUAGUCUGGACUUUAACAAGAAGAUCCUCCACACUGCCUGGCAUCCCAUGGACAAUAUCAUUGCUGUUGCCACCACCAAUAAUCUGUACAUAUUCCAGGACAAACUAGACUAGCAGUUCAUGAACCAUUUAAAAAAAACAAAAAAAAACUAAAUUUGUCUUAUUGGUCAAUUCUUUCUUAGACCUUGAGCAGAUUUUUCAUGUUUAAUACAAAUAAAGAACCUACAGACUUUGUAGGUCUGGUUGCAGACUUUGGGA